CGUCAUCAAUCUGUAAGGGGACAUCAUUUGUCUAAAAGGAAUUUCUGUCAUGUCUCCUACAACGACGACCAUUCACCCGAGAGGACGUUGGCUUGGCUUUCUGCUGUCUUACCUUUCACUUUAUACUGCAUGCCUGUGCUAGCUCUCUUCAAAUAAGGAGUUCUCAAUACUUCAGAAUGGCAUCUGAGUUGUUCGUGAAGUUGUUAGUGUUUCAAAAGGGAAAUUUUUCUUAAGGCGUAUUUUUCGUCUUUCUACUGGAGCGGAAUUUCCUCUUAAAUUUUCUUCGAAUCUCUUGCUACCAGUGACAAUCUACUUACUACCAGUGAUCAAAUAAAGAUGGUAACAAAGUAUCUUGAUUUAAUUAUAUGUUAACCUAAUACAAUAAUGAGAAUUAUUAACAUCCAAAGCGCAUUGAUCAAGGUCAUAUGAAAAUGUUAAGUAAAUGUUCAUACUCCUUCGCGUAGCUUGGUAGGUCAGUGAAAUUUGAUUUGGUUGAAAAACAAAAAUUCAGAUAAAAACGAAACUUUGAUUCGUUUGUAUAAGAGCCCUGCGAUCUGAGAAUUAAAUUCAAAUGUCGUUGGUUUUUUGUUAAAUUUUCGAAACACAAUUUCCUGAGUGUGUUUCCGUUCACUGCCACCUCCUCUUCAUAGUAUGAGUGUCGUGUAUCGAUGAUAUGGCACAUUUUGGUAAUUGUUUGACAAUAUCACUCUCUACCCAUGUUUCAAAUGUAAUACUCUCUAUCCAUGUUUCAAAUGUAAUACUCUCUACCCAUGUUUUAAAUGUAAUACUCUCUACCCAUGUUUUGAAUGUAAUACUCUCUACCCAUGUUUUAAAUGUAAUACUCUCCACCCAUGUGGCAUGUUUUCUUGGCACACACAAAAUAUUUUCUUCAGACUACUUUAUUUUAUAAUUAGUUUUAGUUUGUAUGUUAUAAAAAAUAAUGAACUUCAUAGAGUUGGAUUUUUUUUAAUCAUUGGAAAAUCUUUUCUACUCAAAUGAUCAUGAUUGUUUUUACUCCCACGACUCCACUAAGCACAGAUGUUGCCUCAAGUCACGUCUUGACUCAGAUUACAAGGGAAAAAUGAGUUUAACGAUGUUAUUUUACGGUAAGUUGUAAAAAUCUGUUAAAACUAUUCUAGUAAAACUUUAAGUUUUUCUUCAGGGAGGACACAAUGCUCAUUAGCCCCCAGGAAGGACACAAUGCUCAUUAGCACCCAGGGAGGACACAAUGCUCAUUAGCACCCAGGGAGGACACAAUGCUCAUUAACACCCAGCGUGGACACAAUGCUCAUUAGCACCCAGCGUGGACACAAUGCUCAUUAGCACCCAGGGUGGACACAAUGCUCAUUAGCACCCAGGGUGGACACAAUGCCCAUUAGCACCCUGGGAGAAGUUUGAUGCCUCACAAAAUAUACCGUUAUUGUUUAAUGUAAUUUUAUAACAGGGAUUCUCAACCUAUUCUAUACUCUAAAUACCCUACAAAUCGCGAGCACCCUGCUUGGGGAAACUCGUUCUCUAGAACUUAUGUGAGGGUCAUAUAUUUGUAUUAUUAAGUGUCCUUCUAUAUCACAAGAAUGUGUUGAUAUAUUUGAAUUUUUACGUGUCCUUCUAUAUCACAGGAAUGUGUUCAUAUGUUUGUCUUCAUAAGUGACCUCCUAUGACACAUACGUGUGGUCAUAUAUUUGUGUUGUUCUUUGUCCUGUAGCUCUUAUGUGUGUGGCCGCCUUGCCCUGGGGGGGCAUGGCCUGCUUCGAUGAGUGCACACAGAAGUUUAUUCAAGAGAUGGGUCCAUUUAAUGACAACAGGACAGCCAACACCAGUGACAUGGCCACCAGUACCAAUGCCAGUCAGGUGACCGCCAAUUUCUGCAGGUAGGACUCGCAAAAUAAAAUACGACAAUCCUAUUAAUUAUUAAAUUAUUCGUUACAAACUUAUUUAAAAUUCGACCGUCAUUAUUUGUACAACUCAUGUCUUGAACUUCAGUGUCCAAUGAGCAACAUUUCCAGUUUUAACAAAAUACACACUAUCAAAUGUUCAAAAUAUGCAGUCUCAAAUUAACCAUAUAUUCAUGUAGAUUAGGAAAACAAACAUGAGCAUUUAUUAAACAAAAUAAAUAAGUGGAAGCUCUACUUGAACUACGCCAGCUAAACACAUAUUACAUGUAAAGAUUGCUUCAAUCUAAACACAUAUUAAAUGUAAUACUUGCUCAAAUCUGUACACAUAUUAGUUGUAAUUAUUGCUGAAGAUAAAAUUAAGGGAGCUGGUUGAAAACACCUAAUGGAUUAGGCCUGACUUAAUGGGAUUCAUCAUCAUCAUCAUCCUCAUCAUCCUCAUCAUAUCCCUUAGUCCUUGGACCGUUGGGGCGCCUCAGAUGACAUGUGAACCAUCCUCCUCCAUUCGUCUCUGUCUUCUGCACUAUGCACAGCAUCGCCAAGUGUUAGUCCUGUCCACUCUUGAUGUUAUCCUCCCACCUUUUUUUUUGUCUUCCUCUUCUUCUCCCUCCUCUUGUGGUGCCCUGCAAUAUUUCUUUGACAAGUUAUUGUUUCCUUGUUACGUGGCCGUACCAUUGUAGUUUGCGUUUUUCACAGUCACCAGUAGGUCAUUGUACUCCCCAAUAGCCUGGCGAACCCUUUCUUUCACUGUAUCAUGGGAUUAGGCCUGACUUAAUGGGAUUAGGCCUGACUUAAUGGAGUAGCAUUUUUGUGUUUAAUAUUAAUAUUAUAAUGACCCACCAGCUUUUACACCACAUAUUUAUUUCACCCACUACUGCAGAGAAACAAAAGAAAAUAUUACGCAUCAAACGCAUUUGUGAUAUUUUUUUUUUUUUAAGAAUCUCAUUUAGCGCAGUUAUCGGGAAUUUUAUUUCGUGAAAACAGUGUCGUCAUAUUUCCUUCAAUUUCCACUUGAAAAUCAGAAUAAUCUUAUUUUGGGGGGGGUAAGAAUCUCAUUUAGCGCAGUUAUCGGGAAUUUUAUUUCGUGAAAACAGUGUCGUCAUAUUUCCUUCAAUUUCCACUUGAAAAUCAGAAUAAUCUUAUUUUGGGGGGGUGGGUAGCGGGUGGGGCUGAACAUCUUUUUAGAAUGUGUUUUCAUCGGCAACGAGUCUACGUGCCAAUUUUCACUUCGAUAGGUUAACGGGAAGUGGGUCAGUUAGCCGUCCAAAGUUUUGAAGGAAAAAAAACAACAACUAGUAGAAAACACACGGAAAAAAAGCAGCCAAGUUAAAAUAAAGAAUUUUAAAAAUCUAACAUUCUUGUCAUAAAAGUAUACCACCUUCUUCGAAAGAUCCAGCGACUAAGUCCAACGAAACAAUCUUUUUGUCCAUGUCAACACUUCCUUUGUGCUUCUGUAUUUCUACAUUUAAGCAAAACUUUUUUUCUCUCAGGCUCAUGUCCAGUCAGGUCGAAUGUUUGAAUCGCGCCAUGUCCACCUGUCCAGUUGAGAGGAAGGCCCUGGUACAAAGCAUGUUAAAUAUGUUUAUACUUCCAGAUUACCAAAGGACUUGUGGUGCGUAAAUAUCAUAUUACAAUUUGAGGGGUUUUUUUGUGCCGGGGGGGGGGGAUGUCAUUUAGAUCAUAAACGGAAAAUAAAUGUAGGAUUAGGUUCAAUGGGUUUGAAGGAAAUAUAACAAGGUAUGUGGAAGUUUGAAUCGAAAGACAGGACAGUAAGAGAAGUACAGCAAUAACAAUGGCGAACACUUAAGUUUAUUAACUAGUUUCUAUUUCUUGUCGUAUUUUCAUUUGUCCUGUCUGCUGAGGAAGGCUCUUGGCCGAAACGUUCUUCUCUUAUUCUCAUUUCUUAAACCAAUUAAUUGAGACAAUUAAUUGUUAUGUAUCUCCGGGAUAAUUUGAGGACCUUUAUGUCAGAACAUUUAUUGUUAUAACAUGUAGUAUUAGAACAUUUAUUGUCAGCACAUGUAGUGUUAGAACAUGUAGUGUUAGAACAUGUAUUGCUAGAACACGUACUGUUCGAACAUGUAUUUUUAAUAAUUUUGUCUGUCUUUGGUGUGGAAUAUUUAUUGUUUUAAUCUACCCCUAAAAUUGUGUGUUCCUGUAAAAAGGAUCGGUCAGCUACUCAUUUGACCUGUUUAUUAUGCAAGACUUAUUAAUAUUGGUUUAUAAACAUGGUUGAUAGUUUUUCUCUCAAAUCAACAAUUGACGAAGAUGAAUUUUCUAAUUUUAUUUUAAAUUAGUAAAUCAUUUUUAGAUGUUCAGUGACAUUGCUUCUUGUAUUCAGUUGUAGAUGUUCAAUGAAGUUACUUCGUUUUAUUCAGUUCUAGAUGUUCAAAGACGUAACUUCUUAAAUAAAGUAAAAUUCCUAUAAUCGUGUGCUUCUUCUAAUUCAAACUCUAGUACACUUCAUCAAGGACCCAUUUAUUCUUGACCAGCCUAUCAGUGAUAUUCCAUUGUUUUAGACCCUAUCAACCACCAAUAAGAUGACUAAUCACAUUCUAUUAUUUUGGUCCUUAGCAACCACCAAUAUAAUGACUAAUCGCAUUCCAUUAUGUUGUUCCCUAGCAACCACCAAUAUGAUGACUAAUCGCAUUCCAUUAUGUUGUUCCCUAGCAACCACCAAUAUGAUGACUAAUCGCAUUCCAUUAUGUUGUUCCCUAGCAACCACCAAUAUGAUGACUAAUCACAUUCCAUUAUGUUGUUCCCUAGCAACCACCAACACGAUGCCUAAUGAUACCCAAACUUUAAGCAGCUUUGGAGUUGUUCCAAUGCACUAUAACAACAAUGGCGUAGUUCCUACUUCCGGGCGGACGCUUCUCGUCUGCACACAAAAGGUCAAGGCCUGCCAAGCUGAAUUCAACCAAACCUUCUCCUACUUCGUGACCAACAGAAAUAUGACUGCUCUUUGCCAGUGAGUAGUUUAACUUUAAGUUCACCCUAGAUAUGUCAUAGAGGUUUUUCAAUGUACAACUGACAAUACAAGUUUCAGAUUGCAUCUGUUGAGUGAGUGAGCCUUGACUUUAUGUCAAAAGUGAAUGCUAAUUUAAUCUAAGUAGUCGCGGGUGUACAGCAGACUGUAAUUCUUACAUUUUAUCGCAGGUCAUUGAAGCAGUAUACAUUAUGUUUUGUGGACCUGUUGUCAUCUGAAUGCAGCCAUCUUGUCCCCAGACACCUGGUGUAUAACAUGCAGAAACAACACGGCGGCAUGUGCUCUGAAGGUCAGUCUAAGUGCUCCACAAAAGCCAUUUAAUCGUCUUCCGCACUCACUGGUAUUUGAUUGUACGUACCAUUGCAAUGUUCAUUUUGUUUUAUUUACGAAGUUGUUCAUCAAAAUUUCCCAUAAUUACAAUCAUAAAAUAUCAUUGCCCAGAAUUACUAUCAUGAAAUAGCAUUGCCCAGAAUUACUCAAAUAAAAUAAAUUUAACAGAAAGGACAGGAUAAUAUCUAAUAGAGUGAUCUCUAUCACCAGUUUAAGUGAAACACCAUGUUGUUCUAGUGUACGUCAUUCUGUCCCACAGACGCACAGGCCAAUACACAGACUAUGAUUGAAUGCACCAACAAGACAAUCAAAUGUUACACUUUGUUCAACUCGACCUUCACCCCGGCAGCGAAAGAUUACAACUUGAAGGUCAUGUGCAGGUUGGUCAGCUUCAUUCUUAUUUUUUUCCGUAUGAAGUAAAAGACAUUGUUUUGUCCAGUCAGUUGGAUGUAGUAAAUUGGCCUGAAGCGAUGCAAGUUUUAAUCAGCUAAACAAAUCUGUGCCAUGGUGGUUAGCAGGGGGCUCACCCGUGGUGGUCAGAAGGGGGUUCGCGCGUACAUUGUCUAGUCAGUUUGUUGACUCUAAGGCAUGGUUUUGCCCCUUUAUCAGACCGCUCUCUUUUGAACUACAAAAAUGAUCGCGACCCCAUAGAUGAUUUCAUGGAUGGAUCAAACAAUGCUCGCAUGUGGAGAUCCAAUAUAAAACCAUUCAAGUAAAACUGGGUAGGUUAAUAUAUCUGACAUGUAGGACCACGUAAACCUUGUUUCAUUAAAAGCUUGUUUUAAAAAAAUAAUAAUAAUAAGUUGUCAGAACAGGCCCAGAAAAAAAAUCCGAUCGCUUCUCGGCGGGUCAACAAAUCUUGAUGGGCAGCGGGAUAUCUGGCUAGGUCGUCAGCCUGGGUUGGGACGGCGGAAUAUCUGGCUAGGUUGGCAGCCUGGGUUGGGACGGCGGUAUGUCUGGAUAGGUUGUCAGCCUGGGUUGGGACGGCGGGAUAUCUGGCUAGGUUGGCAGCCUGGGUUGGGACGGCGGGAUAUCUGGCUAGGUUGUCAGCCUGGGUUGGGACGGCUGGAUAUCUGGCUUGGUUGUCAGCCUGGGUUGGGACGGCGGGAUAUCUGGCUAGGUUGUCAGCCUGGGUUGGGACGGCGGGAUAUCUGGCUAGGUUGGCAGCCUGGGUUGGGACGGCGGUAUGUCUGGAUAGGUUGUCAGCCUGGGUUGGGACGGCGGGAUAUCUGGCUUGGCUUUCAGCCUGGGUCGGGGCGGGAUGAUUGGUAAGAACAAAUAAGAGAGGCGCAUGAACAAGACAUCCUCAAGGUUAGACUGUGAUGAGGCAGUACUUCUGGGGAAACCCUUACAAACAAAUGUAUGUAUAUUUUUAAAGUUAGUAUUUCCAAUAUGCUGUAAAUUAAACUGAAACUUUGAUGAUUUCCCCCACCACGCCCCAACACCCCCACACCCCGAUCCCCUUUCAGCACCAUAGAUGAGUACACCAAGUGCAUGCAGAACGUUAGCACGACCAACGAAUGUGUCCAGUUCACAGCACAAAGUCUGGCCAGCAUCGCACAGCUGAAGACACGACACAACGCCUACUGUGGAGACGGUCAGUUGAGUUGGUUGUCCAUAAUAAGAUUUUAAGACCCUGGACAGACCUAAGAUGAACACACCGAGGAAAAUCCAAACACAAAUGUUCCUCAAAUUGUAGUCGAGGACGCUCAAAAAUUAUUUAAAAUGUAGACCCAAAAAACAGCAUUAUUAAAAUAGAUGUUAUCUGUUGUUAGUGCAAGAGCAAUUUUUAUAAAGUAAAUAAUUGUAGGAGCGUGCGGUUGACGUACGUGUGGUUGGUGUGCGUGUGGUUUGGUUAAAUGUGGUUUGGAUACAUGGGGUUGAGGUACAUGUGGUUGAGGUACGUGUGGUUGGGGUACGUGUGGUUUGCGUACGUGUAGUUGGGGUACGUGUGGUUGGGUUAAGUGUUGUUGGGGUACGUGUGGUUGGGGUACGUGUGGUUGGGGUAAGUGUGGUUGGGGUACGUGUGGUUGGGGUACGUGUGGUUGGGGUACGGGUGGUUGGGGUACGGGUGGUUGGGGUACGUGUGAUUGAGGUACGUGUGGUUGAGGUACGGGUGGUUGGGGUACGUGUGGUUGAGGUGCGGGUGGUUGAGGUACGGGUGGUUGAGGUACGUGUGGUUGAGGUACGUGUGGUUGAGGUGCGGGUGUUUGAGGUACGGGUGGUUGAGGUACGUGUGGUUGAGGUACGUGUGGUUGAGGUGCGGGUGGUUGAGGUACGGGUGGUUGGGGUACGUGUGGUUUUGGGUGUGUUUGGGUGGGGUACGUGCGGUUGGGGCACGUGUUCCUGGGGCACGUGUGGUUGGCGUAUGUGUGGUUGGGGUACGUGUGGUUAAAGUACGUAAGUCGGCGUAUGUGUGGUUGACGUAUGUGAGUUUGGGGUACAUGUGGUUUGGAUACGUGUGGUUGGGUUACGUGUGGUUGAAAUAAUUCUGAAGUUAGCAAAAGUUGGGCAACGAGCAAGACUUUCCAAUCCAAUCAAGCUCAUCCUUCACUGUUUAUGAUAAUUAUUUUUAGUUUAAGUUUGUUGUAUCUUGUUCUUAAAAGGUGUUAUAUGAAGCGAGGGUCACAGGUCAUAAUCUUUAUCUCAUUCAUUUUAUAACAGAAUGCAAAAUAUGAUUCAUCUACUGUUUAACUUGGUGCAGUUUUUUUUACACAAAGUCAGGGUAUUUUGAGAAAAUGCACGGCAAAUCGAAGUGCUGCAAACAAACCAAAAUGAGUUAACUUUUCAUUUUCUAUUUUAAAAAAUUAGGCCUACUGACAGUCUUUAUUUGCUGGCCUUUAAAAAAUAGGCCCAGAGAUAAGCAUUUUAACAAUAGUCUUACCGACAGUCUUACGCCAUACCCGUGGCUCUUUAUUGAUUAAUUUGAUUGUCACCUCCGAAAAAAAUAAUCCCUUUCACCAGAGUUCAACCAUUGCGCAUGACGCUCGCCAGAGUUCAACCAUUGCGCAUGACGCUCGCCAGAGUUCAACCAUUGCGCAUGACGCUCGCCAGAGUUCAACCAUUGCGCAUGACGCUCGCCAGAGUUCAACCAUUGCGCAUGACGCUCGCCAGAGUUCAACCAUUGCGCAUGACGCUCGCUGCGUGACAGCUUGUUUUCACUCAGUGCUAUAACUUAAAACAUGUUGAGUGGGGGGGGGGGCUGAUUGUGAAAAGGAAGCAGACACAGCAGAAGCAAAAUGUAUAUAUAAGAUAUUAGGAAAAGCAUUCGAAUUCCAUUAUUGUGACGGGUUAGUGCUGGAAGGAAUAGAUCAACAGAUCACGUGUUUAUUGCCGUCUCUUAUGUUUAAUCACUAUUGAUCCAAUUCUGGCAAUAUUUUGUAAACUAUAAGAAAAAUCAAUAAUUUUUUAUAUUAGUAAAUUAAAUCUCAUUUCUUUGGAUGCAAACCAUUUUAAUGCACUUCCUUUAUAUAUUACAAAUAUAACUCGGUUGUACUUGGGACGCGAUGUGAACUCAUGUACAAAAACAGUAUUGUCCAGUAAUCAUGUCCUUCUCUCCCCGUGUCAGACAAUGGACAGACGGCACUGCGCUGUGUCGAGAGUGUGCAGGCCUGCUACGGGACAUUCAACAGGACGUUCUUCCCAGCCUUGCAUGCUAGUAAUCUGACCCGUCUGUGUCGGUAAGCACAGGUCACCAUUGUUAUCAUUGUUAUCAUUGUUAUCAUCGUAUCAUUGUAUCAUUCCAUUUUGUUUGGCACUGUUUAAGCAGUAAGGGGGAACUUUAUUUUUAUAAUGGUAUAAUCGUCAAGAAAUGGUAUAAUCCUGUUCUAAGGGUAAAAUUUCAUAAUCCUGUUCUGAAGGUACAUGUCAUAAUACAGUUCUGAGUAUAUAAUGUCUUAAUCCUGUACUUGGGGUUUAUGUCAUAAUCCAGUUCUAGUGAUUUAAUGUCAUAAUCCUUUUCGCCUAAUGUCCUAAUCCUGUUCUGGUGGUAUAAUGUAAUAUUCUUGUUGAGCUUAUAAAGUCUUCAUCCUGUGUUGAGGAUAUGACGUCAUCAUUCUGUUUUGAGGGAAUAAAGUCCUAAUCCUGUUCCGAUGGAAUAAUGUCAUAAUCCUGUAUAAUGUUUUAAUCCUGUUCGUCUAAUGUCCUAAUUAUGUUCUGAUGGUAUAAUGCCAUAAUCCUGUUCUGAAGGUAUAAUGUUCUAAUCCUGUUCUGGUAGUAUAAUGUCAUAAUCUUGUUCUGCUGGUAUAGUGUCAUAAUCCUGUUCUGAGGGUAUAAUGUCAUAAUGCUGUUCUGGGGGCAUAAUGUCAUACUCCUGAUGUGGAGGUAUAAUAUUUUAUCCUGUUCUGAGGGUAUAAUAUCCUAAUCCUGUUCUGAUAGCAUAUGUCAUAUACUGUUUUGAGGGUAUAACUUCAUAAUCCUUUGUAGGGGGUAUAAUGUAAUAAUACUCUUCUGUGGAUAUAAUGGCAUAAUCCUGUUUUCUGGGUAUAAAAUCAUAACCCUGUUCUGAUGGUAAAAUUUCCUAAUCCUGUUCUGUGGGUAUAAUGUCAUAAUUCUGUUCUGGGUGUAUAAUUUCAUUAUCCUGUUCUGGGUGUAUAAUGUCUUAAUCCUGUUCUUAGGGUAUAAUGUCCUAAUCCUGUUUAAUGGUAUAAUACCAUAAUCUAUUAUGAUGGUAUAAUGUCAUAAUCCUGUUCCUAGGGUUUAAUGUCAUAAUCCUGCUCGACUAAUGCCUACUCCUAUUCUAAUGGUAUAAUGUGAUAAUCCUGUUUUAAGGGCAUAAUGUCCUAAUCAUGUGCUGGCGUUAUAAUGUCGUGUCAUAAUCCUGUUCUGAUGGUAUAAUUUCAUAAUCCUGUUUUUGGGGUGUAAUGUCAUAAUCCUGUUCUGAUGGUAUAAUUUCCUUAUCCUGUUCUUUGGGUAUAAUGUCAUUAUCCUGUUCUGAGGGUAUAAUAUCAUUAUUUUAUUCUGUGGUAUAGUGUCAUUAUCACGUUCUGGGGGUAUCAUGUCAUAAUCCUUUUCUGAGGGUAUAAUGUCAUAAUCCUGCUCCUAGGGUAUAAUGUCAUAAUUUUAUUAUAAGGUAAAGUGUCAUUAUCACGUUAUGGGUAUCAUGUCACAAUCCUGUUCUGAGGGUAUAAUGUCAUAAUCUUGUUCUUAGGGUAUAAUGUCCUAAUCCUGUUCUGAUGGUAUAAUUUUAUAAUGCUGCUUUGAUGGUAAAAUUUCAUAAUCCUUAUUGGGCGUGUAAUUUCAUAAUCCUAUUCUGGGGGUAAUAAUUUCAAAAUCCUGUUCUGAGAGUAUAAUGUCCUAAUCCUGUUCUUGGGUUAUAAUUUCAAAUGUAACACUAAAAAAUAUGGUCACAGGACAUUAUUUUUGAUGCACUGCUUUAAUUUAACAUAGCAAGGAUAUAUAUUGUAAGAUCGCCAAUGCCCCACCCAUGUCUUGACCUCCGAACCCUUGUAUCCACAGGUCACUCAACACAUUCACCUCUUGUGUGUCAAGACUGAGCCCCACGUGCAGCCAACAGCUGGGUGGACUGCUCAGGUCAAUUCAGGUCCUUAAGCUGCAGUAUAGAGACAAGUGUCAUCCUAGUAAGUCAAUGCUUAAAUUAACUUUACUCUUAUAUCAUUCAAUGGUUCAAUAAUACCCUCCUAUUCUCAACGUUUAACCAUUUACCCGGAAACGAAGACUGUGUAGACCACAUGUGUCAAACUCAAGGCCUGCGGGCCACAUCAGGCAAUUAUAUCCAAGUACAAUAUCACAUCGUAGAAUUAUAUCCAAGUCAACUGUACGGUGUUCACCAAUGCACACGUUGCUUAAAAACGUAGCUUACUUCGCGCAGAGUUCGCACGGCGCUUUAAUAACUUUGUAGCGAAGAAAUGUAAUUUCUAGCUGCUUCGUAACCCAAUUGUCAUAGACGUGGAAACUUCACCUGUAAAUUUGCAGAUGGAGCUAACAGAGCUGGAGUGUAAUGUGACACUAAAGGCAAAGUACGACACUGUGGGGCCUGCACAGCACACUCGUUUCCUUCUGGAAGCUUUCCCCAGGUUCGUACAUGGGCUCAAACCUUGAGUAUGUUGGGUAGCACAUAUAUGUGUGAGCAGCUGUUUUCUGUGAUGAAGAUUAACAAAAUAUCACACAGGAGUCGUCUCACUGAUGAACACUUGCAGUCCACCAUGAGAAUCUCAAUGACACGGAACGUUACUCCCAACAUAAACGAACUUGUAGCCAAGAAAAUGUCCCAAACAUCCAGCUCUGACAAAUUGGCAAAAGAACGAACAUGAGUACGCCAAUGAUUUUUUAUUAUUAAAACUUUUUUCUGUUUUCAUUUAUACAAAUGUUGUUUUUUUUAAAAAGAUUAUUUUUCCGCUUAUUGAAUCUUUAUCCUGUUCGGCCCGCAACCUUAUAUGUGAUUUGAGUUUUUGCCCGCCGAGCGAUUGAGUUUGACACAUGUGCUGUGGACAAUCCACGUGAUUAUGUUUGUGGACCUGUGGGAAACCUUUUUUGAUGAACUGGCCAGGGGCGUGCCCAGGAAGUUAUUGAGACCUUUUUGGUUUGAAAAUCGUCAAUGCACCUUUACACACUAACAGAGAUCUGCUCGAUAACCCUCAAACUCAAAGGCAUAAGUAGAGAGGGGGGGGGGGCACGUCCCUGGUGUAACUUUUUUUUUUUUAAGUAGGGGGAGGGGGGAUUUUGAGACCUUUUUGGUUUGAAAAUCGUCAAUGCACCUUUACACACUAACAGAGAUCUGCUCGAUAACCCUCAAACUCAAAGGCAUAAGUAGAGAGGGGGGGGGGGGCACGUCCCUGGUGUAACUUUUUUUUUUUAAGUCUGGGGAAGGGGGAUAUUUUGUGUGUGUUUCUCCUGAAUAAGUAACAGCAAAGUUAAUUACCAACUCUGGUUACCACCCUGACACCUAUACACAGAGCGAGUCUAGAAGUUGAAAACUUGACGCAUAACGAAACAGAUUCUAGACUGGAUAUUGAAACACGACCAUCGACAAAACAGAGGCGAGUCUCGAUGUUGAAAACUUGACACACAAACCAGAGCAGGGUGUUCCUAUCAUCAAGUUAGCUCUCAUAGUAAAAGCCAAUAAUCUCUUGGGAAUGUGCAAAGAACUGUGUCUAUUUUGUACAGACCUUUCAUUGCAUGAUUGUACUCUGACUGCCUCCGUCAGGUACUCUGCUGCUAUCUACCUGUACCCAGGUGGCCAACUGUACCAACUCUUUCAUGGGGGACUUUACAAGUUUACCAACAAGUGCUGGACUCUGUGGGUAAGUCAGUGGGUCCUUUGGCUAAGUCAGUGAGCUCUGUGGAUAAGUCAGGGGGGCUCUGUGGAUAAGUCAGUGGGUUCUGUGGAUAAGUCAGUGGACUAUGUUGUUAAGUCUGUGGGCUCAUGGAUAAGUCAGUGGACUAUGUUGUUAAGUCUGUGGGCUGUGUGGGUAAGUCAGUGGGCUAUGUUGUUAAGUCUGUGGGCUGUGUGGGUAAGUCAGUGGGCUAUGUUGUUAAGUCAAAGGGCUCUGUGGGUAGUCAGUGGGCUAUGUUGUUAAGUCUGUGGGCUGUGUGGGUAUGUCAGUGGGCUAUGUUGUUAAGUCCAUGGGCUAUGUGAGUAAGUCAGUUGGCUAUGUGGGUAAGUCAAUUGGCUCUGUGGGUAGUCAGUGGGCGAUGUUGUUAAGUCUGUGGGCUGUGUGGGUAAGUCAGUGGGCUAUGUUGUUAAGUUAGUGGGCUAUGUUGUUAAGUCAAUGGGCUAUGUGGGUAAGUCAGUGGGCGAUGGUGUUAAGUCAAUGGGCUAUGUGGGUAAGUCAGUGAGCUAUGUGGGUAAGUCACUGGGCUAUGUGGGUAAGUCAGGGGGCUAUGUGGGUAAGUCAGUGGACUGUGUGGGUAAGUCAGGGGGCUAUGUGGGUACGUUAGUGGGCUAUGUUGUUAAGUCAAUGGGCUAUGUGGGUAAGUCAGUUGGCGAUGUUGUUGAGUCCAUGGGCUAUGUGGGUAAGUCAGUGGACUAUGUUGUUAAGUCAGUGGGCUAUGUGGGUAAGUCAGUGGUCGAUGUUGUUGAGUCAAUGGGCUAUGUGGGUAAGUCAGUGGGCGAUGUUAUUGAGUCAAUGGGCUAUGUGGGUAAGUCAGUGGUCGAUGUUGUUGAGUCAAUGGGCUAUGUGGGUAAGAAAGUGGGCGAUGUUGUUAAGUCAAUGGGCUAUGUGGGUAAGUCAGUGGGCUAUGUGGGUAAGUCAGUGGGCUAUGUGGGUAAGUCAGUGGGCGAUGUUGUUAAGUCAAUGGGCUAUGUGGGUAAGUCAGUGGGCGAUGUUGUUAAGUCAAUGGGCUAUGUGGGUAAGUCAGUUUGCUAUGUCGGUAAGUCAGUGGGCUAUGUGGGUAAGUCAGUGGGCUAUGUGGGUAAGUUAGUGAGCUAUGUGGUAGGUCAGUGGACUGUGUGGGUAAGUCAGGGGGCUAUGUGGGUAAGUUAGUGGGCUAUGUUGUUAAGUCAAUGGGCUAUGUGGCUAAGUCAUUGGGCGAUGGUGUUAAGUCAAUGGGCUAUGUGGGUAAGUCAGUGAGCUAUGUGGGUAAGUCAGUGGGCUAUGUGGGUAAGUCAGGGGGCUAUGUGGGUAAGUUAGUGGGCUAUGUUGUUAAGUCAAUGGGCUAUGUGGGUAAGUCAGUGGUCGAUGUUGUUGAGUCAAUGGGCUAUGUAGGUAAGUCAGUGAUCGAUGUUGUUGAGUCAAUGGGCUAUGUGGGUAAGUCAGUGGUCGAUGUUGUUGAGUCAAUGGGCUAUGUGGGUAAGAAAGUGGGCGAUGUUGUUAAGUCAAUCGGCUAUGUGGGUAAGUCAGUGGGCUAUGUGGGUAAGUCAGUGGGCGAUGUUGUUGUGUCAAUGGGCUAUGUGGGUAAGAAAGUGGGCGAUGUUGUUAAGUCAAUAGGCUAUGUGGGUAAGUCAGUGGGCUAUGUGGGUAAGUCAGUGGGCUAUGUGGGUAAGUCAGUGGGCUAUGUGGGUAAGUCAGUUGGCGAUGUGGGUAGUCAGUGGGCUAUGUGGGUAAGUCAGUGGGCUAUGUGGGUAAGUCAGUGGGCUUUGUGGGUAAGUCAGUGGGCUAUGUGGGUAUGUCUGUGGGUUAUGUGGGUUUGUGGGUAAGUCAGUGGGCUAUGUGGGUAAGUCAGUGGGUGAUGGGGGUAGGCCGUUGGCUAUGUGGGUAAGUCAGUGGGCUAUGUGGGUAAGUCAGUGGGCUAUGUGGGUAAGUCAGUGGGCUAUGUGGGUAAGUCAGUGGGCUAUGUGGGUAAGUCAGUGGGCUAUGUGGGUAGUCAGUGGGCUAUGUGAGUAAGUCAGUCGGCUAUGUGGGUAAGUCAGUGGGCUAUGUGGGUAAGUCAGUGGUCUAUGUGGGUAAGUCUGUGAGUUUACCAAAUGUUCUUCAACCUCACUAUACCAUGUAAAGCACAUUUUUUUUUCUCAAAACUCAACAGCUAAACUCAGAGUGGCUCUGUGCUAACUCUUUGCAAUAUUACAAUGGCUACUUUUCUUUUAUGGGCAUGUAAAUUUUCCUUAAACAUUAUAUUUCUUCAUUACAAUAAUAAAUAUUGGUCGAUAUUUCUAAAGCUUAAAGUUCACUUGCCAAUGUAUAAAAUAUGUAUUUAUACUGUUCAUCUAGCGUUUAGAAUUAUGAACAUUUGAACUUUCAAAAUUGUGCGAUCUCCAGAUAACCGACUUUGUAAGAAAUGUAGUUAAUCAAUGGGAAAUUAUGAAUGCAACUAAAAACUGUUGAAAUGUGCCAGACACUUUGAUUCAAUAUUUGUGUUCAAAUAUGCAAGACACUUUGAUUCAAUAUGUGUGUUCAAAUAUGUCAGACACUUUGAUUCAAUAUUUGUGUUCCAAUAUGCCCAGGAGUGUAGGCGAAUACUUCCAGUGUGUGUCUAAGAGCCUGGAAGUCUGCAAACUUCCUCAAUCAACAACGGAAGUCGACUUUGGCGCCUUGGGGACACUGAUGCAGGAUUACUGUGAAAGAAGUAGGUCAAAACCUGCCCCUUUUUUUUAUCCCUUCCCGCAAAAUAAGUGAUUUUGUUAUCUUUUAACAGUCUUAACAACAAAGCUUGCCACUGCUGGAGAAAAGUUAUAUUUCUAGUUCAUUACAUUGUCACAUUUUUACCGGUCUGAAAUUUACUGUCUUUUUUUAAAAAGCAUUUGAGUAAUGUCAAUUUAUUACUAAAAGAUGUCAAUCUAUUAUAUUUAAAAUGUUUAUCUAAUACUAAUGAUAUGUCAAUCUAUUACUUAUACGAUAUCAAUCUAGUACUUAUAAGAUUUCAAUCUUUUAGUUAUAAGAUGUCUAUCUUAUCGUUAGAAAAUGUCAAACUAUUACUUAGAAGAUGUCAAUAUAUUACUUAUAAGAUAUCAAUCUUUUACUUAUAAGAUAUCAAUCUUUUACUUAUAAGAUGGCCCUGUAAUAAUGAAACUGAACUGUAAUGUGUACAGAGCUGUAAAAAAUAUGUGACAUUUGAUACUAAGCGCCCUAAUUUUAAAGUGUAUUUAACAGUAGGCGCCCUAAUUCGGGACAGUAAUAUGUUUUCAUUGAACAUUCCAGUUUCCAGCAACCGAAAACUACUUCGCUGUCCGGCGUUCGUCCAGUGCUCAACAGCCAUCACUGUGUCCUUCUCUCCCACUGUUAAGAGCAUGUACGAGGGCUCCACCUGGUGCACGUGAGUAGCGCGGCAACUCAUCUUUAUCAUCUGCAACAAUGUCUGAUGAAUAAUUCACCGUUGAACCGGGGAAAGGGUGGCCAAAAUCAAAUGCUUUAACCUGGUAUCGGUUUAUUCUAUCAAGGUGUUUUUUUGGAGAUGGUAUUGAUCAUUUCAAAAUGCCGAUAGACAAGCAAUCAAAACUGUGCUGUGUUAAGUCGUUAUUUUUUUCUUAAAUCUUUUAUAUGAACUUCACUUUUUUGCGUGGAUGCUGGCUGGCAGGGGAAAUCUUCGGACGGCUAACUGACCGACUUCCCGUCAACAUAUCGCGCUGAAACUUAGCCAUGGAGUCGUUGGUGAUGACAGCACAUUCUUUCAAAUUUUAAGUCCCACCCCAACCCACACUCCCAAAAAAAAAAACACACAAAAAAAACAGUUUUUCAUGUUUGUCUAUGGGAAGGUAAAAUAAAAUUCCUUUUCUUUUUUUUUUAAAUAAUUUAAGUGCGUUUGGUGCGUAAUAUCUUCUUUUGUUUUUCUGAAAAGUUGUUGAAGUAAAUCUGCGGUGAAACAAUGGGUAGGAUAUUACAAGAUUUGUUUUAAAAUUAUUUAAAUAGGGAUAUUUAAAGGAUUUCUACGGAAAAGUUUUAUUUUUUAGAGGUCGUUAAAUUGUCCCCUUCUUUUCGCCUCAGUCUCGGGGUUUGGUGGCAUCAUGUUAGAAUGGUGUCUGUUAUAAUCCCAGUUUUAUGUAGCCUUAAGAAGGUCUCCUCCAUUAUCUAUCCAAGAUUUAGCUUAUCUGUGUACUGUACACUUGGUCUACUUGGUACUCUUUGUCUACUUGGUACUCUUGGUCUACUUGGUACACUUGGUCUACUUGGUACACUUGGUCAACAUGGUAAACAUGGUCUACUUCGUACACUUGGUCUACUUGGUACACUUGGUCUACUUGGUAAUUUGGUCUACUUGGUACACUUGGUCUACUUAGUACACUUGGUCUACUUAGUACACUUGGUCUACUUUGUACACUUGGUCUACUUGGUACCCUUGGUACUUGGUACACUUGGUCUACUUGGUACAUUUGCUCUACUUGGUACACUUGGUCUACUUGGUACACUUGGUCUACUUGUCACAUGUUCAUGUACACUUGACCUACUUGUCACAGGUUCAUGUACAAUUGACCUACUUGUCACAGGUUCAUGUACACUUGACCCACUUGUCACAGGUUCAUGUACACUUGACCCACUUGUCAUACUUGACCUACUUGUUACAGGUUCAUGUACACUUGACCUACUUGUCACAGGUUCAUGUACACUUGACCUACUUGUCACAGGUUCAUGUACACUUGACCUACUUGUCACAGGUUCAUGCAGCUCAACAUCGGAUGUGCGGAGCACGCCCUGCAAUCCUCCGGUUGUUUCUUGGAGGAUGACGUCACUCUCAAGAAGUACGUCACUGAAGUGGACAGGCUUAGGAUGACCACGUGUGAGAAAGGUAAGGACAGGCUUAGUAUGACCAGAGGUGAGAAAGGUAAAGACAAGCUUAGUAUGAUCACAGGUGAGAAAAGUAAAGACAGGCUUAGUAUGAUCACAGGUGAGAAAAGUAAAGACAGGCUUAGUAUGAUCACAGGUGAGAAAAGUAAAGACAGGCUUAGUAUGAUCACAGGUGAGAAAAGUAAAGACAAGCUUAGUAUGAUCACAGGUGAGAAAAGUAAAGACAGGCUUAGUAUGAUCACAGGUGAGAAAAGUAAAGACAAGCUUAGUAUGAUCACAGGUGAGAAGAGUAAAGACAGGCAUAGGAUGAUCACAGGUGAGAAAAGUAAAGACAGGCUUAGGAUGAUCACAGGUGAGAAAGGUAAAGACAAGCUUAGUGUGAUCACAGGUGAGAAAGGUAAAGACAGGCUUAGGAUGAUCACAGGUGAGAAAGGUAAAGACAAGCUUAGUAUGAUCACAGGUGAGAAAGGUAAAGACAGGCUUAGUAUGAUCACAGGUGAGAAGUGUGAAGACAGACUUAGCGCGACCACCACGUGGCGAAAGGUCAAAUAUCUGUGGUCAUCGUGAUCAUCUCAACAUAUGUUUAAUAUGGCUUUAAAAGAAUUAUUGAAGGGUGUAGUCUUGCCAUGUGAAGAAGUGAACAGUGCCAUACUGAAAUAAAAUUGAGGUCAGAUGAUCUUGUUUGUGUGAAAAAUGGUAACUGUUAUGUCAUCAGACCUAUUUAUCAGGUGGCAGUUGUCGCUGUCAUUAGAGUGCUAGCCCAGAUAUCCUUAUGUCCAUGUUGAAUUUCGAUUCCAUUUGUUUACAGGUGUAACGGACAGUGGCUACUUGACUCGGGAUCUAAUUGGCUACAGAGGUAAUCUCAAUAAUUAAUUAACUAACUAUUAAAUGUAGGGAGGCAUUAAAGAGGGUUGGAGUGGCGUAAAAUAAAAUCAAUAUCUGUAAUUCAGCCAUAAUUCAGCCAUAAUUCAGCCGAUAUCUGUAGUCCAGCCAAUAUCUGUAAUUCAGCCAAUAUCUGUAAUUCAGCCAAUUUCAGUAAUUCAGCCAAAAUCUGUAAUUCAGCCAAUUUCAGUAAUUCAGCAUAUUUCAGUAAUUCAGCCACUAUCUGUAAUUCAGCCAAUAUCUGUAAUUCAGCCAAUUUUAUUAAUUCUGCCAAUAUCUGUAAUUCAGCCAAUAUCUGUAAUUCAGCCAAUUUCAGUAAUUCUGCCAAUAUCUGUAAUUCAGCCAAUAUCUGUAAUUCAGCCAAUUUCAGUAAUUCAGCCAAUAUCUGUAAUUCAGCCAAUUUCAGUAAUUCAGCCAAUAUCUGUAAUUCAGCUAAUUUCAGUAAUUCAGCCAUUAUCUGUAAUUUAGCCAACAUGUAACAUAAUUUUUUUGAAUAUUUCCUUUCAGGCGCCGGCUCUACCUGCCACAGAUCUCUGACGACGCCACUGAUUAGCAUCAUGAUGAUGGCAGUGGCGUACUCAGCUUUGUAGAUCUGGACAUUGUCAACCCCUCAAGUUUUGCUACUGGUUGUUACAUCGCUUAUGGUUGAUACAUCUCAUGUGUUUGAUGCACCUCACAUGGUUGAUACAUCUCAUGUUUUUGAUAAACAUCUCAUGUGGUUUAAUGCAUCUCAUGUGAUUGAUACUUUCGUCGUGGUUGAUACAUUUUAAGUGGCUGAUACAUUUCGUGUGGUUGGACCUGUGUGGUCAAGUAUCCAUGUAUUGAAGUAUACGUGCAGUGAUACAGCUAAUAAAUGGAAGAAAUAUCUUUGUGUCACAGUCAUAACGCAAUUACUUGUGACCCAUGAAAUUACAAAAUGUUGUGAAAACUGUGCUCUUAUAUCUAUAAUAUUCAAAAUGAGAAUUUACUUUUUUUAAACUUGAUUAAAAUGUGCGGAUGUAGUUGUUUUAAUGGGGG